AUGAUCAAAGGUGGAGCUUUCUCUCCUGAAUCAUUGCAAGCUGGUAGAACUGAAACAUUUUCUUUACCAGAAGAACUAGUUGUUCUAUUGUUGUUACAGAUAAAAAUGAAUAGCAAUGGCCAUGUUUUACCUGGCACACCCAUUGCUAUUGAUACCUGGAAUGUUAAAGCCAAUCCCCAAGCUCGAAUAUUUUUCCUAUCACAUUUUCAUGGGGAUCACAUUGUUGGACUUACAAAUUCAUGGCCUUAUCCAAUAUAUGCUUCACCAGUCACAUGCAAAUUUUUGAUUCAUAAACUAAAGAUUAAUCCAUCACUGGUAAAAAGUUUGGAAAUUGGACAAGAUCAUCUCAUUCCUUUAGAUUUAGAAGGUCAAGAAAUGGUUACAGUUACUCUGUUUGAUGCAAAUCAUUGUCCAGGAUCUGUAAUGUUUCUCUUCAGCAGCUAUUUCGGAGACAUACUGUACACUGCCGACUUCCGAUACAAGCCUGAGAUCUUCGAUGGCUUUGAAUUGCCGCCCAUAGAUGUAUUAUAUUUGGAUAAUACCUAUUGCUCACCUAAAUGUGUGUUUCCAUCCAGAGAAGAUGCAACUGAAAAAAUUCUAUCUCAAGUACAUGUCUGUCUCGUGCAGAGUGACCGUAUUUUUUUAGGAUUAGAUAAUUUAGGCAAAGAAGAUUUAUUGCUGCAGAUAGCCAAAGAAACCCAUUCUAAAAUUUGUAUCAAGUCCAAUAGGAAAGAAUUGAUGGAGAUCAUGGGAUUAUCCGACAUCAUCACAGAGGAUGAAUCAAGUACAAAAGUAUUUGUGGUAGCUACAAAUCAAAUAAGUGGGAAAAACAUCACACUCUGGAAUCAGCAGAAAAAGACUCAUGCUAUUCUUGCCACAGCAAGAUACUGUGGAUAUAAUUUCCAACCGUUUGCCAAGUUUUCUGAAGUUCACGUGGUGCCAUUUUCUAAUCAUUCUUCGUACAUCGAACUAAAGAAAUUUGUGCAGUUAGUCAAUCCUGUGACUAUAGUCCCUAUCAUCGGGAAGCAAGCCAAAGGCAUCUUUGGUACCGACAUAUCUGAGAGAGCUGAUAUGAGUGUGUUUCAGCAGUUCUUAAGGAAUGCGAUUCUUCCAGAACGUCUUAUUCCAGAAUCUGUGAAGAGGGCCAUGAAUGCGUACGAAAUGAACAUUACUUCUUCCCUUCCUCUCAAGAAACGCAAAAUUGCCAGAAAAGCUGCUCGACCAUGGCAACGUUCGCAACCAGUCGGCAUUCGUUACAUUGUGAGCGAAGAUUCCGAGACGGAUUCAGAUCCAGAUGCCGUGCACAUUUUGCCCAAGAAAGUUGCAUGCAGUGUUCCGACAGAUAGUGAUUCGGAUCUUUAUACAUUGCAUAUUUUCCCUCGAAAUAUGGCAUGCGUCCCAAAUCAAAAGAUUGAGCUUAGUUCUGAAAAUGAGUCGGAUGACUCAAAUAGUGUUUGGGAAAUAACAUCUGUAUCUGGAAAAGGUGUGGUAGAAACAUUUUUCAUAAAAUAA